UAGAAUAAUUUGGGGUUUUUUUGCAGGCUUGGCAGUCGUUUGGUUUGCCCAUGUCAACAGCGUCUGAUGAGGCCUGCAAAAUGUUUGAUGCGACUUUAUGCCAGUAUGUAGGAUGGUGUGAAGAUGAUUCUGUUGGUGGUUUUGAAGGAUCCCUUGAGAAAAUGAUUGCUGCCGAUGAAAAUUUUGUGAUGGGUCAUGUGAUCAAGAAUGGUCUCGACGUUUUGGGAACUGGCACCAGCAGCAGAUUUGACAAAGGAUUAUUCGACAGAAUGGAACACUUGAAGAAUAUGGCCAACAAACCGACCGUCACGCCUUGGGAGAAGCAACACAUUAAUGCCAUUUACCUCUGGUCCAAAGGGAAUAUAGCUGAAGCUUGUUCUGUUUGGGAGUCAAUUCUGGGAGAGAAACCCAAAGACAUCUUAGCUCUGAAAUUCGCCCAUGACUCUUACUUCUUUUUGGGCCUCCGACCCCAAAUGCGGGACUCUGUAGCACGAGUUUUGCCAUAUUGGGAUUCCAGUAUUCCAUUGUAUGGAUAUCUCCAUGGUAUGCUUGCAUUUGGCCAGGAAGAGACCAAUCUUUUUGACCAAGCUGAAAAAUCAGCCUUAAAGGCCCUGGGGAUCAACAAAAAAGACGCCUGGGCCACUCAUGCCAUGGCCCACGUCAACGAGAUGCUGGGAAGACAAAACCAAGGUUCCACCUUCCUGGAGACGACAGAAAAGGACUGGUCGGUCUGUGGAAUGUUGGCAUGUCACAACUACUGGCACUGGGCCCUCUAUCAUAUUGAAAAGGGACAGUACGAAGCUGCCCUUGAUAUAUACGACAGAGAAGUUGCUGUCCGUGCCAAGAAUUCUGGAGCUAUGUUGGAUUUUGUCGACAAAGCAUCACUCUUGUAUCGUCUUCAAUUGGAAGGAAUAAAUGUCUCUGAACGUUGGUCGAGUUGUUUUGAAGAAUUCAAAGACCAUGCCACGGACCACAUCCUCAGUUUCAAUGAUGCCCAUUCAAUGAUGAGUUGCCUUGGCGCUGGCCAGGAAGAGUUUAGUGAUAAACUACUGGAAUCACUUCAGGACUUCAUCGAAUAUGGUGUAGGUGAUAAUCGGAGUAUCAGUGAACACGUUGGCUAUAAAUUGUGCAAAGCUUUGAAGGAUUACCAAGAAGAAGAAUUUGCUGCUGUUGUCGAUAAUCUCAUGCCUGUCAGAUAUGACAUCUAUACCAUCGGUGGAAGUAAUGCACAGCGUGACGUAUUCAAUUUAAUGUUGAUCUCUGCUGCCAUGAAGUCACCAUCAAACGAACACAAGAACUUAGCAAGGAGUUUGAUCAACGAGAGGAAAUCACUAAAAGAGAACGCACCAAUGACUGAUCGCUUAAUGGCUAAAUGGUUGUCACUUCAUGGCGAAUAAUAAUCAACUUGGUCGUUUACAUGCUUCUAAAGGUACGGAAGUAGUCUAUUGGUAACUAUUAAAAUCAUUAGCAGUGCGUCUCCUUCUAAAGGGAAAUAACUCUGAUCUUAUUAAAUUUAUCUCCCUUGAACGAUGUUGAAAAUUAUACUUCAUUUGAUAAUUAUUAUUAAAAAUUAAGUUUGACAGUAUUAUUAUAAUCGUUUGUGUCUAGUAAAUAAAUCGUUGAAAGACCAAUUUA